AACCAGCCUUUUUUUGUCACCCAAAAAUUAACACAUUUUCUUCAUUGAUAUAUAUACAUAUAUAGGAAGAAGAAGAAAUUUAAAAAGAAAAGUGUUUUCUUGCGAUUGUACAAAAAAUAUAAGAAAAAUCCAAUUUGUCCAAUAACGCAAGCAGUCAAACAUCAAUUUAUAAAUUUCGAUAGUGCAAACGCAGAGAAAAAUAUAACGUGCGACAUUUUUCUUAAGAAAAUUUCCUUAAGGCUAUUGAUUCCCUUCUGAAUGAGGGGGUUUUCUUGGAGGUUUUACGUGUUGGAGAGAAAAUAAGCCCUGUGCUUUGCAAGGCACCAGCCAUAGAAAUCAGCAGUGUUCGAAAUAAACAAUCGAUAAUUAUGAAACAUCUAAAAGCCAGAGUUGCAGCCGUGUUAUAGCCCCUAUUUGCCCUUACAAAAUCACCUCAGCAAAACAUAGUGCGUGUUUGAUUGUUUGUGCAACAAAAUAAUAGAAAAAAUGAGCUCUUAGCCUAAAGAAAAAGAGAGUGAGAGAGUAAGAGUGAGAGUAAGAAUGGAAAAAGUGUAAGAGCCAGUAACGAGAAUAAACGGCAACAGCAGCCAAAAUAAAGACAUUGAGUGGAGUGUGUACAGAAGAAUAUCCUAAAUAGGAUAUAAAAGUCAAAAUCAAAACAAAAACAACAAGAACACUAUCAACAAAGAAACCAACAAAUAAGACCACCGUAACAACAUACCUACUACACAACGGCGACAACAUCAUUCAUGUUAACUUAUGCUGCUGCUGCUGCUACUGCCUUCUGCCUGCUACUAAAAUAAACCCGAUUUAAGUGAAUCAAGAUGCAACACCUCAUCAUUGAAGAAUUUAAUGGUCUUAACAAAAGGAAUUGCCACGAAUAAGGUGCCGCCGAGAGAGAGUACAUCAAAAGUAUUAAGCAAAUCUCCAUUUACAUAAAAGUAUUGGUCACAGUUUUCUCAUGCCAACAACAUACAUACAAACUUAAUUGUUGUAUUGUACUGUAAAUAUAUUGAAUUUACCAAAAAGGUAUUUCAAGUCAAUUAACAAUCAAAUUGACUUCCGGAAAGAUCUCAAGAAUUUCCAUUGGCAGCAUCAGCAAAAACAACAACAACACCAACACCAACUUUAUACAUAGCAAAUAAGAUUUCAUCAAACAAAAAAUCACAAUACCGAACUUUAUACUCUUUGUACAAAUCAAAUCAAAUCAAAUCAAAUCAAUUUCAAUUCAAAUCAGAUAAAAACCCCAAACAAAAACUCAUCAUCAUUAAAAAUGGCAUUUUCUAUACAAAACCAAUUAACAACACAUAAAUGGUUCACAACAAUAGCAGUUUUUUGCAUCCUCUCAAAAUUCAUCCAAGCGGACAAUUGUUUUCCAUCACGUUCCAUAUACUGCUACGAAUGUGAUUCGUGGACAGAUGCGAGAUGUAAGGAUCCAUUCAAUUAUACAGCAUUGCCUAGAGACCAGCCACCGUUGAUGACUUGUAACGGCUGUUGUGUUAAAAUGGUGCGACACUCAAAAUCACCCUAUGAAGUUGUUAGACGUAUGUGUACGUCACAACUACAAAUAAAUUUAUUUAUGGUCGAUCAUGUGUGCAUGAUGGAAAGUUCAGGCAAUGGACAUAUGUGCUUUUGUGAGGAAGAUAUGUGCAAUUCUAGUCAAAAUUUAUACAAAUCAUCCAACAUACCCUACAUACUCGCCACAUUAAUGACAUUCUUAGUACUGCUAAAUACACAUUUAGUGCAUUCACUAAUCCUAUCACCAACUUCUACUAUUUUACAAACAUUUUGGUCAUCAUGGUUAUCGUUGUUAGCAUCAUCAUCGAUUUCUACUACUACUACUACAACAACAACAACAACUUCAACUUCUUCCUUUAAUACUUAUACUCCUCUUCCCCCCGUAAAUCACAGAUAAAUACAUAGUUAGUUGAAUUAUUUAGUACAGUACAACCUAUCACUUUAAUACUCUAACUAAUACUACUGCUACUACUACUACUACCCCCCUCCAAAACUAUUACUAAUACAGCAAUAACAACUAUAAGACAUACAUACAAAUAAUAUACUUUGUAUCAUAUAGUUGAGUUUGAGUUUAGUUCCACACAAUAAUACAAACAAACACUUAAGAUAGUUACACACACACACAUACACACAUAGAGAUCACACACUCACACCUAGUCAUAAAUACAUACAUAUGUAGAGCUACAUACUAACAAAUUAACAAUAAUCAAUUCUUAUUCAUACUAAGAAUUUUCCUAUUUAAUUAAUUAUAUUACUACCAUUAUUAUUAUUAUUCUUAAUAUAAUUAUUAUGAUUAUUAUUAUUAUUUGAUUUGUAGACUUUGUAAUGCUAAAGACAAAAAAACAGAGUAAUGAGUUUUAUUUUCUUCCCGCUAAAAAUCUCUAUUUAUGUAAAAAUUAUCCUCUACUAUCUAUUUUAUCCUAAUAAUACAUUUCUAAAUAUUAAUUUUUCGAUUUUUCAUAC